AUGGCGUCAAGCUCUACCGAAACGACUCCCUUGGUCUCGUCAAUGUCGAGCUCAAGUCGAGCGAUACCUCCCAAGCCUCAGCGAACUGUCACAUUCAACCCAACCGUCACAUCGACUAGUCCGAAACCACCGUCGCGGUCAAUCUCGCACAGCGCCUCUGCUUCCGGCCAUGGUGCCACUACCCAGGGUGGACAGCCCAUGCUUUCGACAUUGAACAGUAAGCUGCGGAGAAGGAACAGCUCCGGUGCGCCUGCCAGAAUACCUCCCGCGCCGGUGCCCAAGAUCGGUCCCCAGAGAACGACGAGGACAGCCCAGAAACUCAAGCUCCUUCCCGACCCGGCCGCGGAUGAGGCCGAAGACGAAGAGAGUGGACGCGAUGUCUAUGUGCAAUACACCAGGAUAAAGGACCCCACAGCGCGAAGGGAUGCAGCCAGACUAGGAAAGGCAGACAGGGAGCGACUACCGAGAGUGACGGCAUAUUGCACGGCCGCGUCGUACAAGCUCGAUGAAAUGAUGCGAUUUCUGAAAGGCAAGCAAAAGAUCAGAGGAGCCGCGCCGAAGCGCUUCGAUGAAUGCAUAUACUCGCCGUACAACUAUGGAUCAACAAAAGGCCCAGAAGACGUCAGCAGUACUGCUGUACUCGACGGCUUUACGGAAGAGAGGCCGAGAAGGUUCUCGGACAGCGCCAUUGAGGUGGAGCACGAGAAUGAGAGAAGGAGGCAGGAUCUCAUCGACUUGCACGAGGAUGGCGAUGCGCCAGAAAUUGUGAAUGAGCAAGCCAUUGGCCCUAGACGGCCGUCGAUCACCCACGCCGACUUGGAUCCGCAAAUGGACGCGCCAGAUUUCGAUACACGCGUGCAUACUCCGGAAGUGUUCUUGUUCGAGUAUGGCACUGUUGUCAUCUGGGGUAUGACGUUGCAAGAAGAAAAGAAGUUCUUGAAGGAAAUAGCCAAGUUCGAAGUUGACAAGCUCGGCAAAGACGAGAUCGAGACGGAAGAAUUCAACUUCUACUACACACGCGAGUAUCAGGCCCGGAUAUACAACGACUUCAUUAGUCUACGCGACAAGAAGAACUACAUGAUCAAGCUGGCCAUCAGCCACGGCCUUUCGCAGAGUGUCAAGACAUCGCUUUUUGAGGAUCUAGUAGACAACACUAUCGAUGAGACAAAAGACAUCCCGGCCGAAAUCGCCAGCUCUGGCAAGAUCAACCUGAACAAAAAGCAAAUCAACAUGCAGAUAGGAGAGCUCUUCAUCCUCCGUAUCAGUAUACAUCUGCAAGGAUCGGUUCUGGACGCGCCAGAGCUCAUGUGGGCUGAGCCACAGCUAGACCCUGUGUACCAAGCUGUGAGAAGCUAUCUGGAAAUGGAUCAGAGAGUCAGUCUUUUGACCGAAAGAUUGAACGUCAUUGGAGACUUGCUUGCUGUUCUCAAGGACCAAUUGACUGUGACGCACGGCGAAUUGCUUGAGUGGAUCGUCAUUAUUCUUAUUUUUGCUGAGGUGCUGGUGGCUGCUAUUAACAUUUUUGUCGACUUGCACGCAGCGGACUAA